GAGUUGGAAAAAUAGGACGAGUAUUUGGCUAUGGAUUCCGCUGGAGUGUGCUAAGUCACUGGGACAAAAAUGCAGAAAAGGACGCGACUUACGCGAAAGAUGCGUUAUUCUUCGAGGAGGCAAAUGAGAAGCGUGAGGAUACACCAAAUCAGGCAAUUGCGCUCAAAAGACUGAGAACAGCCCCAGAAGCGCUGCGUAAGACCCCGCAAUCGCUAAAUGACUACGAUGGAACAUUCCGCGCACAGCAAGAAAAUGUUAUAACACCACAUAAGGAAACUACCAAACUGCGAAUUGUGUUUGAUGCAUCGGCACAUUUCAAAGAUAGUUCUUCGCUAAAUGAUGUGCUGCACCAAGGACCACUUAUCCUCUCAAAAUUAUAUGCUGUGCUGUUGCGCUUUAGGAUCCCUAAGUUCGCGAUCAUCUCCGAUGUGAAGAAAGCCUUUUUGCAAGUGU